UUUCAAUAUCCAUAAUCCACAUGACAGGACUCCCACAUGAACAUGAACCACAAGUUGAGAUUUUUGUCGGAGAUGAAAAUCUCCGAUGCAUAUGUCCCACUCAUAUCCUCUGCAAGCUCUCAAUAUUUUCCAGACAUUCUUCAUUUUUUUUUAACUAAUAGGAACUUCACAGCUAAUUCUAAUUUCUCUGAUUUAAGUUUUUUCUAAACAGAAACAAUAAUGGCUGCAAUCAGCACACUCUCUUCUUCUUCUUCUUCUUCUUCCUUGUAUCCAAAUUUUCAGUCAUCACCAUUAAUUUUCUCUUCCAAAUCUGUUCGAGACCUUAGUUCAUAUUUGUUCGCUGUCAGAACAGAAGGGUAUGUGAGGGGGAGAUUGUCCUCACACCAGACAGUUUCAAGGAGCCUGAAAGUCCUGAAUGCAGCAACAAAACCUGCAAAAUCACCAGCUGAAGAAGAAUGGAAGGUUAAGAGAGAGCUUCUUCUGCAGAAAAAGGUAAGGAGUGUAGAUGUAAAGGAAGCUCUGCGCCUUCAGAAAGAGAAUAAUUUUGUGAUUCUUGACGUCCGGCCUGAAGCAGAGUUCAAAGAGGCUCAUCCACCAGGUGCUAUAAAUGUGCAAAUAUAUAGGCUUAUAAAGGAGUGGACCGCAUGGGACAUUGCUAGGAGAGCUGCAUUUGCAUUUUUUGGCAUCUUUGCAGGCACAGAAGAAAACCCUGAGUUUCUACAGAUUGUGGAAUCAAAAAUAGAUAAAAAUGCAAAGAUAAUAGUGGCUUGCUCAGCUGGGGGUACAACAAAACCAUCCCAAAGUCUCCCUGAAGGUCAACAGUCUAGAUCCCUGAUAGCAGCCUACCUUUUAGUUCUUAAUGGAUACACAAAUGUCUUCCACUUAGAAGGAGGCCUUUAUUCAUGGUUUAAAGAGGGGUUGCCAACAGUUUCUGAAGAGUAAAGCAUCAUCAGUUUUAAAGAUAGUGCCUCUACAGAGACUCAAGUUCUUUCCCAGUGAAGAUGAUUAGUGCAUUGACUUAAUUUUGGUCCAAAGAUUUGAGACAAUCUUGGAUCAAGACUGAGCUUUGCUCCUCUUGAGAUGCUAAUAUCUCAUAAGACUGUUAAAAUUUUUGUCUUACAUUGUUUAUCUGCAUAUAAUUAGAAUGCAUGUGAAAUGGUAACAUUGAAAAA